UACCGGUCGGGGCGCACCUGCGGUUACAUUGUACGGAGCCGACACCAUGACCGCGCCGCUCAACGCGCGAUAUGAACUGAGAACGUCGGAAAAAUUCGGCAGAUACAUCGUUGCCGCGAAAGAUUUGAAGGCGGGCGAGACGAUCUUGUCAGAUGAGCCGUUUGUUCUGGGGCCCAACAGCGACAGUUCGCUUGUAUGCUUCAACUGCUAUCUGCCACUACUGAGCAAGUUCGUUGUGUGUAAAAAAUGCGCAGUCGCUCCGAUAUGUCCUGGAGAGGGCUGUCCUGAAUUUCACAAAAAAUGGCAUUCCGACAUGGAAUGCGAUUUCUUCAGGAGUAUCAAACUGACAAAUGGAUUACACCCAAUGACAAUGGUUCAAAAUGUCGGAUCUCUUCUAGCAUUGCGCGCUUUCAUGAAGAAAACCACUGAUCCUACUGCUUGGAAAGAGUUUAUGGAAAUGGAAACUCAUUUAGAAGAAAGAAAAGGCACUAAAGUUUGGGAAUUUUCGGAGAACACUGUAAAGUUUAUCCAGGCAUUGAGCAUCAUGGAUGAUAAACCGGACUCUGAAUUAAUCCAAAAGAUUUGUGCAGCUAUUGAUGUGAACAGUUUCGAAGUUCGAGGUCCGCCCCUCCCAGCUCUAGGAUGCGCAGAAGUAUUGCGCGGAGUGUACUUGAAGGCUGCACUACUUGCGCAUGAUUGUGUGGGCAACACACACAUGUCCAUAAACGAUAACAAUAUGUUAGUGUGCCACGCUAGCACUAAUAUUAACAAGGGAGAACCUAUUUUCUACAACUAUACAGAUCCUCUGAAGGGCACUUCCAUUCGCCAGCAGCAUUUAUUGAUCGGCAAAUAUUUCAAAUGCAACUGUAGUAGAUGUGCUGACACUACAGAGAUUGGGACCUACAUAAGUUCCGUUAUGUGUCCUGAAUGUAAGACUGGCUUUGUUUCUCGCAGUAGCCCUGAAGAAUGGACUUGUAAUAACUGCAAUAAAACUUUUGAGGACACAAAUAUUGGCUUCAAAGUUCAAUGCUGCAUGGAUAAGUUUGGAGUCAUAAACAAGAAGGACGAGAAAGAGCUCGAGGAAUACAUUAGAAGCGUUUCACUGAUACUAGCUCCUAACCACUACCUGCUUUUGGAAGCCAAACAACGCCUUGCUGGUGUAUUGAGGGACACUAUAAAUAGAGAACCGAGACCCACAAAGAAAUUGAUGAGGCGCAAAAUGGAACUCUGCAAAGAAAUUCUACCUGUACUAGAAAUUCUUUGCCCUGGAAUAUCCAGAACAAAAGCAAUCACGCUCUACGAACUUCAUGCCGCAAUGGUACAGUUGGCGAAAAAACUCUUUGAUGGUCGAGAAAUCACGGGUGCAGCGUAUAUGGAUGAAUUAAUGUCGGCUGAAAAAUAUUUGAAGAGAUCUUUAGAAAUGCUUUUCAUUGAGCCAGGCAACUCUCCGGAAGGUGAAUUAUGCGCUAAAGCACUAGAAGAAUAUAGAGCUUUGAAGUCGACCAUGAGUAGUGUGCUGGACGCUAUACACGCUGAAGGAAAAUGCUAUGUCGGUCCCGCAGAAAGGAAUGACUCUGAAACGCAAUAAAUCGCUCUACUCUUACAACCGA